CUUGUGUUCCAGUCCCACCCUAAGUACGAGUUCACGUACAAAGUAGAAGACCCUCACACCGGUGACAAGAAAUCCCAACAUGAGUCUCGUGAUGGAGAUGUCGUGAAGGGAGUGUACAGUCUGCACGAGCCCGACGGUACUGUCAGGAUCGUGGAGUACCACGCUGACAAGAAGACUGGAUUCAACGCCAACGUCAAGCGUGAGGGUCACGCCAAACACAUUGUUCCUGAACACCACUACCACCACCAUUGACUCUAAAAAUACCAAACUC